UCUUAACAUUUUCUUAUAAAUCCCCAUUUGAUGAAGUCGUUUAACUCAUCCCAAUUCAUAUACAAAGAACACACAAAAAAAGGAGCUAGCUUAAGGCAAAAGACAAGCUAAACGCUCCGCAAUGGCGAUCACACGCGCCUCCUUUUCCAUUUGCCUCAUCCUCUCCUUGGUUACCAUUGCCACUGCUGAUUACUACUCUCCCUCAUCUCCUCCUGUUUACAAGUCACCGGAACACAAACCCACCCUUCCACCUCCGGUUUACACUCCACCGGUUUACAAGCCUACCCUUCCUCCUCCAGUCUACACUAAGCCAACUAUCCCACCCCCGGUUUACACUCCACCGGUUUACAAGCCUACGCUUUCACCUCCGGUUUACACUAAGCCAACUAUCCCACCCCCGGUCUACACUCCACCGGUUUACAAGCCUACUCUCUCACCUCCAGUUUACACCAAACCAACUAUCCCACCUCCGGUCUAUAAUCCACCGGUUUACAAGCCUACUCUCUCCCCACCGGUUUACACUAAGCCAACUAUCCCACCCCCGGUCUACACUCCACCGGUUUACAAGCCUACUCUCUCCCCACCGGUUUACACUAAGCCAACUAUCCCACCUCCAGUUUACACUCCACCGGUUUACAAGCCGACACUCUCCCCACCGGUUUACACUAAGCCAACUAUCCCACCUCCAGUUUACACUCCACCGGUUUACAAGCCGACACUCUCCCCACCGGUUUACACUAAGCCAACUAUCCCACCUCCAGUUUACACUCCACCGGUUUACAAGCCUACUCCUUCAGCUCCGGUCUACAAAAAGUCUCCAAGCUAUUCAUCUCCUCCCCCUCCAUAUGUGCCUAAACCAACCUACACUGCACCAGCCAAACCAUACUUCCCAGAGAUUCUUAAGGCGGUUGAUGGCAUCAUCCUAUGCAAAAACGGCUACGAAACCUACCCUAUUCUAGGAGCAAAGGUAAAAAUUGUGUGCCCCGACCCAGCAUCAUAUGGGAAAAACAAGAACGAGGUUGUGAUCUACAGCAAUCCCACUAACUCUAAGGGUUACUUCCACGUGUCGUUGACCGACAUCAAGGAUCUAGCUUACUGCCGUGUCAAGCUUUACACAUCUCCCAUCGAGUCUUGCAAUAACCCGACAAAUGUCAACAAGGGUCUCACAGGAGUUCCCUUGUCGUUGUACGGAUACCGUUUCUACUCCAACAAAAACUUGAAGCUCUUUAGCGUCGGACCUUUCUACUACACCGGUCCUAAGGCUGCUCCCGCCACUCCCAAAUAUUGAUCGUGAUGAUCAUCUUGCAUGCUCAUGAUGCAUUAAUUAUAUGAGGUCACUUAAAUCAAUAUUUUUUUUGUUUUGAGUUUUUUUUUCCCUUGAAAAUGUUCAUUUGUUUGUUUGUUCCGAACCUUCCGAUUUCAUUUGCUUCGCAGCAUUCCCAAAUGCAAUCUAUCAUUUUGGUUAUGCUUUUAUUUUAUAUAAUUAUAUAUUAAAUUAUGUGGGGAAUUUUAUUGUCUGAUUAUGCGACUGCAUAAUAACAAUAUUAGUAUUCUUCCGGGAUGAUUAAAGUUAUAUGGUAAAAGUACUUUAUAA